AUGGUGGACGAUGUUGUGAAACUCUUUACAGAAAUAGAUGAAAAGGGUAUUUUCCUAGAUGUUGUCACUUACAAUUCUUUGAUUCAUAGCCUAUGUAAUUUUGGCCGGUGGGAGGAGGCUACAGAAAUGUUAAAAGAAAUGAUGGAUAGUGGUAUUGCUCCGAAUGUUCGUACAUUUGACGUGUUAGUGGAUGCAUGUGCCAAGGAAGGGAUGAUGAACGAAGCAGAGGGGGUACUUGAAGUCAUGAUACAAAGAGGUGUGGAUCCUGAUGUAGUCACAUACAAUACUCUAAUGGAUGGAUAUUGUUUACAAGGCCAAAUAGAUGAAACAAUGAGAGUGUUCAACAACAUGGUGGACAUGGGCCUUCUCCCUAAUGAUUUUAGCUAUACCAUUCUAAUCAACGGAUAUUGCAAAAAGAUGAAAAUAGCCAAGGCCAUGCAUAUCUUUCGAGAAAUGCCUCGACGGGGGUUGAAACCCAACAACGGAACUUUCAACACUAUGUUACAAGGUUUGUUUCAAUCGAGUAGAUGUGGAGCUCCUCAGGAACUUUUUAAUGUGAUGCAAAUUGUAGGCAUAAUUCCAAAUUCUCAAACUCAUGGUAUCUUAUUAGAUAGGUUGUGCAAAAAUGGGCAUAUUUCUGAAGCAUUGUCAUUAUUCCACAUGAUGGAAAGCAACGGUUUACAUCUUGAUGUUGUUAUGUACAGUGUUCUCAUUGAUGCUUUCUACACAGAAAAAAAGCUUGAUACUGUAAGGGCCCUUUUAGUAAGCUUGCUUCUAAGGGAUUACAACCUAAUGUUAAGACAUAUACUAUGA